AUGGGGGAAGAUAUCACUACGGUGAGCCCUACGCUGGGUUUUAUAAUCAAGUCCAUCGACUUUGAGGGGUACAAAUUGAAUAUAUGGGAUGUGGGUGGUCAAAGAACACUACGGUCCUACUGGAGGAAUUACUUUGAAAAGACAGAUACGUUGAUAUGGAUUGUUGACGCCACUGACCGAUUCCGACUCGAUGACUGUCGACGCGAGCUUGCCGGGCUUCUUACAGAAGAGCGGCUGAUGGGAGCAAGCCUUCUUGUCUUUCUCAACAAGACGGAUGUCGACGGUUGCAUGACCGAGGAAGAAGUUCGAAAAGGACUUGAGCUCGACGCCAUCAAGACGCACAAGUGGACGAUUAUGCCUUGCAGUGCCGUGACGGGGCUGAACCUGACCAAGGGUCUCUCCUGGGUCGUCCAAGAUGCAAAGGACCGGCUUUUCCUUUACUGA